UUUCUCCUAAUGUUCCGGCAAAAAAGAAUUUUCUCCUAACCUGCCGAGCUCGCCUGCUUCUCUUCUCCCGCUCGUCCUUCUCCUACCCUCCCCUUGCUUUCCCCAACAAACCCUAAGCCGAGCACUCAACCCCUCCCCGUCUCCGUCCCCGCAGACCACGCGGGCUCUCGCUCGGAGCGACUGACCGGCGGCCGGGAUCCCCAGGGCUCUAGUUGGGUCCCGGAAGCGUCUCAGUUCGUGGUGGGAGGCCGGGGAAUGGCGGAGAAGGAGGGGGCGAAGGUGGAGGGGGAGGAGAGGGAGCGGGAGAGGGAGAGGGAGGGGGAGGCGGAGGAGGUGGAGGUCAAGUUCCGGCUCUUCGACGGCUCCGACAUCGGCCCGGUCCGCUGCAACGCCGCUGCCACCACCGUCGCCGCCCUCAAGGACCGCGUCGUCGCCGACUGGCCCAAAGAUAAAUCAAUAAUCCCAAAGUCUGCUAAUGAUGUGAAACUGAUAAGUGGAGGAAAAAUUCUAGAAAAUGACAAGAAUGUUUCACAGUGCAGAGCGCCUUUUGGUGACCUUCCCAGUAGUGCUAUCACAAUGCACGUUGUUGUUCAGCCAUCUUCGGCCAAAUCAAAACCAGAUAAGAAGGCGAACAAGUUGCCCAAGACCACACGCUGCUCUUGUAGCAUACUAUGAACUAUGAAGCUCAAGUCCACAAUGCCGCCAAUAAUUUGUAUGUCCACCAAAAUUCUGCAGAGACGUGUUUGAGCAGAAAGAUCGCAGAAGUUCUGUGUCAUGCUCUGUUGAUCCCAUGAUUGAGGGUGUCAAAUGGCCAAAGCCGAGUUCCAUAUGUUGUAAGCUACUAUUGUAACUGUAAGCUAGGUACAAAGAGUCGGUUCCUCUGAUAGGGAGAUUGUUUGUCAACUGGUUGUCUGGUUUUACCCUGCAAGAUGUUCUAUAUGAUGUACAAGAUACACAGACGUACCAUUCUGGGUGUAAGACCUUGUUGAUUUACUUCAAGUUAAAUCCGAGUUGAGGCUGU